AGAGCCGGGCGGGCCCCGCUCCCGGUGCAGGUGGCCGGGCCUCAGCGGACGCCCCGGAGUCCGGCCACAAUGCUGCGUUUGGCUGCCUUUGCAGCUGUGCUGCUGUUCCUCAGGGUCACUCUGGAACUGUCCUGGAUCCAGGCCAUCCCUGCUCUCUUCAUCUUCUACCUGGCAUCUGGUGGAUGGGAAUUCUUCCUCAUAUUCCUCAAGACAUUACCAAGGGACUUCAGCACGGGGCUGGUCCUGUUGCGGGUGAAGUGGCAGGUAUGGAGGCACGUGAGGGAGAAGAACACCAUCGCCAAGAUCUUCCAGAGGACCGCAAGGAAAUAUCCAGAGAAGACAGCGCUGAUCUUCCAAGGCACGGGCGAGAGCUGGACCUUCCGUCAGCUGGAUGAAUACUCCAACCAGGUGGCCAAUUUCUUCUACAGCCAAGGCUUCCGCUCGGGGGACGUGGUGGCGCUUUUCAUGGAGUCCCGCAAUCAGUACGUGGGGCUGUGGCUGGGCCUGGCCAAGAUCGGCGUGGAGACGGCCCUGGUGAAUUCCCACCUGCGCCUGGACGCCCUGCUGCACUGCAUCACCAUCUCCAGCUCCAAAGCUGUGGUUUUUGGGGUGGAGAUGAUGGAAGCAAUUCAGGAAGUGCAGCCCUCCCUGGAUAAAUCCAUCCAUCUCUUCUGGUCUGGGGAUGAAAAUCCUAAAUCCGUGCUCCCUGGUGCAAAACACCUGGACCCCCUCCUGCAGAUGGCCCAGCGACACCAGCCAGCUCCCCCUGCUAAGGGCUUUCUUGAUAAACUCUUCUACAUCUACACCUCUGGCACGACAGGGCUGCCCAAGGCUGCCAUUGUGGUGAACUGCCGGUACUUCCGCAUGUCCAGCUUGGUUUUUUACGGUUUUCGGAUGAGGUCCGAUGAUGUGAUCUACGACUGCCUCCCGCUCUACCAUGCUGCAGGGAACAUCGUGGGCAUUGGGCAGUGCCUGCUGCAGGGCAUGACAGUUGUCAUCCGCAAGAAGUUCUCAGCCUCACACUUUUGGGAGGACUGCGUGAAAUACAACUGCACGAUCGUGCAGUACAUCGGGGAGAUCUGCCGCUACCUGCUGAACCAGCCGUACCAGGACACGGAGCGGCAGCACCGCGUGCGCAUGGCCGUGGGCAAUGGGCUGCGCGCCUCCAUCUGGAGGGAGUUCAUGGCCCGCUUUGGCAUCCCCCAGGUGGCCGAGUUCUACGGGGCCACCGAGUGCAACUGCAGCCUGGGAAACUUUGAUGGCAAUGUUGGGUCAUGUGGCUUCAACAGCAGGAUCCUACCAAAUGUGCACCCCAUUGGUUUGGUGAAGGUAGAUGAAGACACUAUGGAGCUGAUCCGGGGGCCGGAUGGUAUCUGUAUCAGCUGCAAACCAGGGGAGCCGGGGCAGCUGGUGGGUCGCAUUGUCAGGAGCAAUCCCCUGCAGCACUUCGAUGGCUACCUGAAUCAGUCAGCCACCAACAAGAAAAUUGCCAGGGAUGUGUUUACAAAAGGGGACGCUGCCUAUCUCACAGGGGAUGUCCUGGUGAUGGACAAAUAUGGUUACAUGUACUUCCGAGACCGCACCGGGGACACCUUCCGAUGGAAAGGGGAGAACGUCUCCACCACGGAGGUGGAGGGAACGCUGAGCCGCAUCCUCAACCUGACGGACGUGGUGGUGUAUGGUGUGGAGGUCCCAGGGGUUGAAGGGAGGGCAGGAAUGGCAGCCAUCGCUGACCCAGAGAACUCCUGUGACCUAGAAGACUUUUCCAGCAAGCUGAAAAAGGCCCUGCCACUGUAUGCACGUCCCGUCUUCCUGCGGUUCCUGCACGAAGUCUCCAAGACAAGCACUUACAAGUUCCAGAAGAUGGAGCUGCGGAAGCAGGGCUUUGACCCCGCACUGGUGAAGGACAGGUUGUAUUUUCUGGACUCCAGGCAAGGCUGUUACCUGCCACUGGACCAGGCAGCGUUCAGCAGAAUCAAGUCUGGAGACCAGAAGCUGUAACUGCAGGGUUACUCCUUAAAACGACAUCUGUCUUUUGUGAGGGCAGGGUGUGUCUGCUCCUCUAGCUGUGCUUCCACACCAACGUACCUGCCUGCCUCAGUCCGUCCUGGUCUCACAAUUAAACACAAGUAUGGGUCUA